AUGCUCCGUUGGGCGGUAUGCCUCGUUUUCGCGCAGCUCACCCUGCUUGUGGGGGCCAUGGAGAAACCUGAUGAUUGCCCUGAGUCUGACUGGACCUCGCUGUGUGCCGGCGCGGCCAGCUGCAAGUCCUUAGCAGAGGCGGGGCUCACCUGUUCUGCCGUCAGCAUGGUCAGUGGAUGUGAUGUGGCUUGUGCCAGCCCUUGCUGCAUCACCACCACCACCACGACCCAAACCGCGACCAGCGUGACGGAGACCACUACCAUGUCCACUGUCACAGCUACAGAGACCUCGGUGACCGUCACCAACACAGCCACCACAGUGACUCACACAGAGACGGCAACCACUGCCACUCACACAGAGACCACAUCGAUGACAGCGACCAUGACGACGGCGACGGCCACGGAUACCGCCACCGUGACCGUCACGGCCACGAACACGGUGACCACCACCCAGGGUCCCGCGGCACUGGUGACGCUGGUGCUUCAGGUGGAGACAACCAACAUCAGCGCAGCCACUUAUGUGAAGGACGCCAGGGUCUACGCUGCUUGGAGAUCGGUGAUGGUGGACUUGACAGAGCUGGAAUCCAAACAGGUCGACGUGGAGAUGGAACCCGGAGUUCUGGGGAACCUGACCGUGACCUACGUGCUGACCAUCCCAUAUAACAGUGAGGAUGGCACUCUCACGCCCAGCGUUGACCUUGACACGGUCAAAGCCAAGCUCAUGGAAGUGAAUGCCAAGUCCUUCAACGAGAUGCUGGACGCCAAGAUGGACGUAUAUGUGGGCGACGGGAAGUACAUGCAGGAGGUGGUUAGCAUGAAAGAGACGGACACGAAUGCCGUAAACGAUGCUGUAUCCAGGCAUCUCUCGAUUUUGCUGACGCUGGGCUUAUGCCUGCUCGGCCGACUUCGUGCUAGCUGA